AAUAAAAUAUUUAGCGGAACCCUCCAUCAACUACCAAGUCACUGAUGUUGUGCUGCCUCUUCGAUACAAACGAGAAGUCGCAGCAACCUCCAUUGAUCUCUCUGCAUAUAUCAUCAUCUCUCACAUUCAUUUCCACCUGAUCUGAUCUGCUCCUCCUUGUUCAGAUUCUAACGAUCAAUGGCGGCGCAAGUGGUUGCUUCGAAGCUGACACACAGUUCCUUUGCAUGCCCUAAUUCUUCCAAAAACCAGAUUCAGAAGAUCAAACAACCUAGUGGUUUUGGUUCUAAAGCUGUGAUUGGUAACAAUGAACAAGAUCAAACCAGACUGACUUACAAACAUCGUUGUGUUGUUGUUAGCGUCACUUCAAGGAGACAACAAGAGCUCCAAGUUGUUGUUCCGGUUACACCUGAAGACGUACCUAAGAUUGCAGAGCCAGAUUAUGAUACACCGGAAGUUUUGCAGCAGGGGGACAGAUCGGUAAGCAUGUGGUCAAGGCCCUUAGUGAAGCGCAAAACAAAAAUCGUUUGCACAAUCGGUCCAUCCACAAACACCAAGGAAAUGAUAUGGAAACUGGCUGAGGCGGGGAUGAACGUAGCAAGGUUAAACAUGUCCCACGGAGACCACGCGUCCCAUCAGAAAGUUAUCGACCUUGUUAAGGAAUACAACGCUCAAUCUAAAGAUAACGUUAUUGCAAUUAUGCUCGACACAAAGGGGCCCGAAGUCAGGAGUGGAGACUUGCCUCAGCCGGUUAAUUUAGUAAGUGGCCAAGAAUUCACGUUCACGAUCAAACGGGGCGUUGGCACAUCGGAGUGUGUAAGCGUUAACUAUGAUGAUUUUGUGAAUGACGUGGAAGCUGGUGACAUGCUUCUGGUUGAUGGUGGUAUGAUGUCAUUGUUGGUGAAAUCCAAGACCGAAGAUUCAGUAACAUGUGAAGUUGUCGAUGGCGGAGAGCUCAAAUCGAGACGCCACUUAAAUGUUAGAGGAAAAAGUGCAACUUUGCCAUCCAUCACUGAAAAAGAUUGGGAUGAUAUCAAAUUUGGAGUGGACAAUGAAGUUGAUUUCUACGCGGUCUCCUUUGUUAAAGAUGCGGAAGUCAUUCAUGAGUUAAAGAAUUACCUCAAAAGCUGCGGUGCAAAUAUCCAAGUAAUUCCAAAAAUUGAAAGUGCAGACUCGAUACCGAACUUACAUUCAAUUAUCACAGCAUCAGACGGUGCAAUGGUUGCAAGAGGAGAUCUUGGUGCAGAGCUGCCUAUUGAAGAGGUUCCACUGUUGCAGGAAGAGAUCAUAAGAACAUGCAGGAGCAUGGGGAAAGCGGUGAUAGUUGCAACGAACAUGCUUGAAAGCAUGAUAGUCCAUCCAACACCAACGAGAGCGGAGGUAUCUGACAUCGCUAUUGCUGUCAGAGAGGGUGCUGAUGCGGUUAUGCUUUCUGGAGAAACAGCUCAUGGAAAGUUUCCUUUAAAAGCUGUUAAAGUUAUGCACACAGUGUCGUUGCGAACUGAAGCAAGCAUUACGGGUGGUGUCACACCCUCUAAUCUUGGUCAAGCCUUUAAGAACCAUAUGAGUGAAAUGUUCGCGUUUCAUGCCACAUCAAUGUCAAACACUCUUGGAACCUCACUCGUGGUUUUUACUAGAACCGGUUUCAUGGCUAUUCUAUUGAGUCAUUAUCGACCCACUGGCACCAUCUUUGCCUUCACAAACCAGAAACGAGUGCAACAGAAGUUAGCUUUGUAUCAAGGAGUUUGCCCCAUCUAUAUGGAGUUCUCUAAUGAUGCUGAUGAGACCUUCGAAAACGCUCUCAGCACCUUGAAGAAACAAGGGAUGGUAAAAGAAGGUGAUGAGGUAGCGCUUGUUCAAAGCGGGAGGCAGCCGAUCUGGCGGUUCCAAUCCACACAUAAUAUUCAGGUCAGGAAGGUGUAAACACGAAAGCCGAGUGAACAAAAUUUAUGGUUACACAUGACAUAAGGUGGUAUUGUCAUUUCGUUAACAAACUUAUCUUGAUUAUUGAUUUUUGUCAUGUAUUAUGUAUGCCAAGAACCCUAAUUAUGUUGAGUGAUUGAAUAUGUAUCAAAUAACAAAGUCUAAUAUAGGGUUGUGUGUGAUCAGAUUGUGUUCAAAGUUGAUCUCAACGCAAAGCAAGUUGAUGUGACUUUAAAGAGAAAAAAAAAGAGUUUGGUCCUAA